AUGGAACACAACAAAGCAAGUGCCUCUUCCAACCUGAACAAGCUCUUUCUCUUUUUCAGUUUUCUUCUGCUGCCUUGUUCUGCCUCUGCUGCUUGUGCCCAAGUGGAUCGUGCCUCCCUCUUGUCCUUGGCUUUCAGGCCACCAUUGAAUUGGUCUUCUUCUACUGACUGUUGCUCCUGGGAAGGAGUAAGUUGCCAGCAAGAUGACGAUGAUCACCGUGUCGUUCGUCUAUGGCUGCCUUGGAGACGCUUAUCUGGUGUUAUCUCUCCAUCUAUCACCAACCUCACACAUCUCACCCACCUUAAUCUCUCCCACAAUUCCUUCUCUGGUCCUCUCCCAAAUGACUUGUUUUCCUCCCUCUCUAGUCUCCAUGUUCUCGACUUGAGCUACAACCGCCUCACCAGCCACUUACCGGUAUUCUCUUCCAAAACCACCAGGCUUGAGACUCUAGACUUGUCUAGCAAUUUGUUUAAUGGUUCAAUUGUUGUCCCGGCCUCGGCUGCAGCCAUUCUCACAACUUUCAAUGUCAGGAGGAACAACUUUGCUGGCUCCAACCCCAUCUCUUUUUUAUGCAACAAUCGUAACAAUCACACUUCCCUCACCAUCUUAAACUUGUCCGUCAACAAAUUUACUGGCGAAAUUCCACCUGGAGUCGGAGCAUGUUCCAAGCUCCAAGUAUUCCGGGCAGGCUUCAAUUACCUCUCCGGUUAUCUCCCUGGUGAGAUUUUCGACCUUGCUGAUCUUGAAGAGCUCUAUCUGCCUGGAAAUCGCCUUUCGGGACACAUUAGCAAAGGAAUUGUGCUCUUAACCAAACUCAAGAUGUUGGAGCUCUCCUCAAACAAAUUCUCAGGCCCAAUCCCAAGCAACAUUGGCAAGCUUUCAAGGUUGGAAAAUCUUCUUCUCUCCAUUAACAACUUCACAGGUCAUCUACCUCCAUCUCUCACCAACUGCGCAAAUCUGUCCACCCUGAUUUUGAGGUUCAACCACUUGACUGGAGACCUCUCUGCCUUCAAUUUCACUACUCUCCCGCGCCUCACCAUGCUUGACCUCGGCAACAACAACUUCACCGGUGAGUUACCUCAAAGUCUCUACUCUUGCAAAUCACUUAAAGCAAUCAGAUUAGCCAGCACUCAGCUCACAGGCCAGAUAUCUCCUGAAAUAGUUGCACUAAAGUCCCUCUCCUUCCUCUCUCUCUCUAUAAAUAACCUUACAAAUGCCACUGGGGCUAUUAGGAUUCUAAUGGGAUGCAAGAGCCUGACCACUCUGGUCUUGACCAAGAAUUUUCUACUUGAGCCUGUGCCUAAUGAUGAAAACCUAGCAGAGCUAGAUGGGUUCCUUAACCUUAAGGUUUUGGCUCUUGGUGGUUGCCUAUUCACAGGUCAAGUACCCUCCUGGCUUGCCAAGCUUAAAAAUCUUCAAGCCUUGGACCUCUCAUACAACCUCAUAACCGGUUCGAUUCCCGGUUGGUUGGGUUCUCUGCCUAAUCUUUUCUACAUGGACUUGUCCAAUAACCUUUUUGAAGGAGGAUUUCCCACUGAGCUUUGUGGGAUGCCGGCUUUGACCUCGAAAGAGACCGGUGAUCAUAAGGUGCAGGAAAGUUUUCUAGAGUUGCCUCUUUUUGUGAAGCCCAACAAUGCUACCAAUCAGUAG